AUGGCUUCAGUGUCAAGGUUGGCAAGACGCAAAGAUGCCAGUCGCUGGCCGAGAAUGUCGUCAACUUUCUGGGCUGUGGUGCUUCUGACAGCGCUGCUUGUUCUCUACUGCGGCCAGCUGGCAGCGGGGACAUGUGAGAUUGUGACGCUGGACAGGGACAGCAGCCAACCACGACGGACCAUCGCCAGGCAGACGGCCCGCUGCGCCUGUAAGAAGGGCCAGAUCGCUGGAACUACAAGAGCCAGGCCCGCCUGUGUGGACGCUGGUAUUGUUCGGAAAAAGCAGUGGUGUGAGAUGGUGCCAUGUUUGGAGGACGAAGGCUGUGACCUGUUAGUCAAUAAAUCUGGCUGGACUUGUACACAGCCCGGAGGCCGAGUUAAAACCACCACGGCUCUAUGACGCGACAAGAGUCCCCCUCGACACUCUUGCACUAUGGAGAGCAUUGAUGACCCCUUGACAGACAGCCAAACACCAUCUACCACCACCACCACCACCACCACCAACAACAACAACAACAUCACAACAACUCCACCCAAACCCUGGUCCCGCAAAGGCAGGAAGCAAGAGCACCAGGUGCCUCUUGGAGGCAGCAAGGUCUCAUAACACAGCCAGAGGCGGGAAAACCAGGGAGUGACUGUUUGAGGGAGCGAGCGUCCCCCCUGGACAUUGGACGAACGACUCACUGUAAAACACUUCCUAUUUCCUGUGACCAGCUCCUCCAGGUUUGUGACUACUCCCUCCUGCUAUCUGUCGUUGGGUCAACAUGUUGCAUCCACCUCCUCUCCACUCUAUCUGCCUGCUCUGUGAAAUUAGCAGCGCCUGCUCGUGCCACGGAGGAUCGGACACCGUAAAAUCCCUUGAAUGGUUUUUGCCUCACUGGAAUUCCUCUGUUUGGAGCUACUAACUGCUUUGAAUGAAGGGAUUUCCCAACAUCUCUCUCUUAGACUUGAGGAGGGCAGGAGUUUCAGAGCUUAGACGGGAUCAUUACAGACCAGACCCUGUUGCUUCUCGGACCACCUCAAGAGGCCGUGUAAAAACCGAACUGAGCGCUCUCUGCUGUGAAUAGGCCUUCUGCUGGAGUAAACCUCCCAUAUUUUUAUAGACCAAAGAGCAAAACAACAAAUACGAUCAUUAUGACAGAGUGGACCAUCUGGCAAAGACAAACAGAGACUUUGUGAACUUGCUGCUUGUGUCGCCUCCGACCAAGGACUGCCCCUACGGAGACAAGGUGCACAAGAGGACAAGCCCCACGUGCAGUGGCACAUGUACCGUGAACAAUCAAAGGAGUGCUUUUAAAAACCUUCCAGACAUUUUUUUCUCAGACUAAGCCCACCACUGUAUUUUGGAACUGGAGAUAUAGGUACUACAUACGUAUAACUGUGUAUCAAAAAGGAAAAAAAAAAAAAAAAUCUGAUUUGCAUUUUUCAGUAGCUACAGUUGGGACAGCUUGCAGGAAGAAUUGUCGGGUUGGUCACUGAUAAGGAGUGCAAAUCAUAUCAAAGAAAUGGUGAAUAUCUACAGAGUAUAAAUGCUGUUGAGUCUGAAAAGAUGGAGUAAAGAAAUGUAAUUAAUUGUAUUUUGAAAGGCCCUAAAAAGUUAUAUAUUUAACAGUUUUAUAUGUUGUACCUUUGUAGAGAAGCUUAUUGGACUUAAAAUGUGGUCACAAUGGCAGUUUAGUAGGAUGUGAACAAAUGCUGUUGUUCUCACUUACUGCUGGCUCGUAGUCCCAGAUUUUCUGUUCACACCUCAGUAGCCGCUUUCUUUUCAUGGUCAUCAACAGGUCACCGUCUAUCAGAACAUUCAUGGAGAAAAAAAAAGGAAAGUGACACAAUUUAUUGAGGACUGAUCUGCAGCCAACUGAACAUUGUAAAUCUAUGGUAGUCAGUGGAAGCCAUUGAAAUCUGCUAAUUUGCUAUGAUAUUGUAUUGUACACGGUGUGGAAUACUGACUCAUUUCCUCUC